AUGUCAUCACCACCCAACCUCCUCUCCAGCCUCGACCUCAUACCAGGUCUAAAUUCUCCAGCCAAUAUCGUCUCACCUCAUUCAUCCCUACCAUCCUCACCACCUUUACCAACUCAUCAUCAACGAUCCAAAACCGCUCCACCACCCAACUUCUCACCUGCCUCACAUCAUAAAGCAUUACCUUCAUCCUCAUCCGCAAAAUUAGACGGAUCCCCAAUCAUCGAUACAAAUUCACCUCAUCAUAGUCCCCCUUUGGCAUCCUCAUCAACCGAGACCAGCCCCAAUCACGCCUCGUGUUUACGCAGGACACCCUCGUCGUUAUCCACUGGAUCAUCCAACGGACACGGAAGGGAGAAGAAGAGAUUGAGAUUCACCUCUUUAUCUCACAAGCAUGCUGGUCCUAGUAAAUCUGCUUCGACAUCCGCUGCCGGAGAUGUCAUCUUCCCUGGACGAGCGAUGGAGGAAGGUCAAUAUGCUUCCAAGUCGACUAAAGGUAUACCGAGAGAUCAAGUGGACUACCUGAUGAGUGAUCCUGGUACACCCAACUUGUCAGAAACUGCCGAUCAGAUUCGAAGAACACUCUCACUGGCUUCCCUAGACUCGCUAUUACUUCUCUCAACGAACCCUUCGGGCGAAAGAGAUAAGUUGAUAGCGGAAGUAUCGAAAGCAGGUAAAGAUCUAGUAUGGAGGAGUCAAAAUGAGAAGAAAUUGUUACCUCGCGAUCCUGAGAGAGCAGGUAUUCUAGCUUUGAAGAGGGGCCUGCGAUCAUUCCUGUUAGCAUUCUCCGUUCGAGCAGGUAUAAACGUCCUCCUGGCUCUAUUCCGAAACCUUCGUAAUAAGAAACUACGUCUUGCAUUAUUUCGACAUGCCAUAUUCGGUCAAGAACCCUUCAGGUUCGGUGCAAUGCUGGGAACGUUCACUUUCCUCAAUACUCUUACCUUACACAUGUUGAGAUUAGCUCCUCCAAUAGGAUAUUAUAGGAGAAGGUUGAAACAUGGUCUGUUCAAUAGACCGACUUUCGGGCCGCCUGAAAGAGAGGGAGAUGAAGGUGAGAGAAGGUGGCAGGCGGCUGUUGCUGGUGCGGUGGGUAGUUUGGGGUUGUUAUGGGAAAGUCAAAGUAGGAGAACAGGCGUGGCUCAACAAAUGUUCGUUAGAGGACUUCAAGCUUCUUAUAAUCAGUAUACACCCCGAUUAGGAAUACAUAUACCUCAUGGCGAUUUAUUGGUAUUUGGAGCUUGUUGUGGUCAGAUCAUGUUUGCGUGGUUAUGUAGUCCAGAGACUAUACCGAGGGAAUAUAGUGCAUGGAUCUUACAAGCCUCGAGAGUACCGGGAUUCGCAGUCAAUGCCAAUCGGACAUUGGUAAGGCAGAAGAUCAUCGAGCCGGUACAGGUCAAGAAGGCUUUGGAGCACAAGGCCAUCACACCGACGAAUCGAAAAGCCCUUGAACAGAUGCUUAUCAAGCUGAAAGAAGGUUGGAAACCGUCUGUCGUACCCUGUGAAAUGGUGCAUCCAUGGGUUGAUAGUUGUCCCGAAACAAACCUGCGACGAUUCUUCGCUGUUUUCCGAUUCAUGCUUCCGGUUUACUCUGCCUUGCAUCUCAUCCCGAUGCUUGUCCUCCGCCGUCAUCAUGUCCAAAGAGAUCCACUGAAGAUGUUAGCAAGGGUCGUAUGGGGUAUAACGAGGAGUUGUUCGUUCUUGGGUGUAUUCGUGUUCAUCUAUCAGACUUUGUUUUGUUUACGUAUACAAUCGGUCGAACAAGGUUGGGGGACCAACUUUUUACGAAAUGCCUUGAAGAGAAAGGAGACUUUCUGGUUGAUGGGAUUUAGUACUUGUCUGUCAUUGCUUGUUGAAGAGAAGAAACGUCGUGCAGAGUUAGCGAUGUAUGUCCUACCUCGUGCACUCGAAUCAGCUUGGUCCAGUGCCAGAAAGAGAGCUUGGGUACCUAUCGUACCAUUUGGCGAAACGAUCUUGGGGGCCGUGGCAAUGGGUAUGGUAAUGGAUGCUUAUAAGCACCAACCUGAUGCUUUGAGUGGGAUAGUUAGGAGGUUACUGUUCCAGCUUGUUGGACCUGUGUAA